UGGAGACCUUGAAACUUCGACCGGGGGGUCCCGAGAGGAGGCGAAGGGGGGCUGCGCGCUCAGGAUGUCUGGCUGGAACGGGGCUGUUCAAACUUCAGGAAACUCUGGAAUUGUGCCUUACGUGAAUGCAUCAGAGGAAGCGGGAAUCCUGAAUGAGCAGAAUGUGAAGCCUAGAGAUGAGCAGUAGCUACUGCAACAACGUGUCAGUGACCAUGAGUGUCAACGAGGUGUCCAGUUUCCCCCUGACCCUGGAGCAGAAAACCGGUUUCGCCUUUGUGGGGAUCCUGUGUGUGUUUCUGGGACUUUUGAUCAUCAGAUGCUUCAAAAUCUUACUGGACCCCUACAGCAGUAUGCCUUCCUCCACCUGGGAGGGUGAAGUUGAAGGGUUGGAUAAAGGGACAUUUGAAUAUGCUCUUGCAUGAAGCAGAAUCCUCAAAACGUGUCCUGCCUUAAUUCCGAUUUCUUUCUUUCUUUCUUUCUUUCUUUCUUUCUUUCUUUCUUUCUUUCUUUCUUUCUUUCUUUCUUUCU